GUUUCAAUUACAAAAUCACCUUCUACCGGCAACUCUUGACUCAAUUGCAGCUAACUUCAAAAAUAUUUACCGUUCAUUUAUUGUCUAAACAAGAGAAUAGAAAGAGUCAAAAUAAAUUGCAAAUGCACUUGAAAAUUACGACAGAGAAAGAAAAAAUAUCGGGAAAGACGAAUAUAGAUUGAAACGUAGUAGAAAUUAAUCAAAGUCACGCGAUAAACGGUACAAAAAGUAUUGGUAAAUAUAUGCUGAAAUAGAGUAAAAUGCCUAAGCAACAUUAAGCAGUACAACUUGUGAAACGAAUACUAUUUCAAUACUGUUAUUUGUGGCACCAACCGUAUUUAGACGAUUAAACUCGUGAAUUUGUCUGAAGAAAAUAAAAUAUUUGACAAUUAUUGUGAGGUUAAACAAACAAAUAAUAAAACUCACAGAAAACAAUUGUAAUAUAAAAAAAAUACAAAUAAAAUAAAACGUCUAACAUAAACUAAAUAUGGGCCGUGUUUUCCUCGAGCAUAUUGGCGGCUCGAAACUGUUCAACUGCGCACAGUGCCAGACAAAUCUUACCAAUCGUAGUCAAUUGAUAAGCACUCGGUUUACAGGCGCAACGGGUCGUGCGUAUCUUUUUAAGCGUGUGGUUAACCUGACAUUUAGCAAUGUCCAAGAGCGGGUUAUGCUUACGGGUCGACAUAUGGUACGCGAUGUAAUGUGCAAGAGCUGCGAUGCCAAAUUAGGCUGGAUGUAUGAAUACGCCACUGAAGAUGCACAAAAAUACAAGGAAGGACGUGUGAUUUUAGAGUACGCAUUGAUAAGCGAGACAGAGGGUUUUCAGGGUGAAAGUGGCUCAAUUCAUUGAAAAAAAAAAACAUUAUUAGUGAAUUUUCAUUCAUUUAUCAUCGUACGAAAUCUACAUCGAGUCAGCUGCUAAGGCAGUUCUGCAAAGUGAAAGCAUUCUUAGUUAGUAGUACUUUUCUUUAGUAUUCAGCAGUUACCAAAAGUUACUUGUGAAUUAAGUUAGUAAUUACAUCGUCAAUUGAUCACAAUACCGUAAAAUAUUGAUAUUUUAUUUUAUUUAUUAUUUUAAGUGCAUUAAGAAUACAUAUGAAAUAUCGCACAUAUUUUUAAAUUUUCUAAAAAAAAAAUUCUGUGUUUUUUUUCCCUUAUGUUAAGUUCUUCGCGUUCGCAACUUGUCUGUAUCCUAAUAUUAUCAUUAUUCUUAAGAUAUUAAAUAUAUAUGUGAGCACUGCGCAUUCUCUUAAGAUUUCGAAUAGUAAUUUAAAUCUUUUAUAUUAUUAUAUAUGAAAUAUUAAGAAAAUAAAAAUGCCAAAUAAGCAGUUUAAAAACCAUGCGCCCGCUUAUCAGGGCAGUGAACUCCGGCGUACAUCGUCGCAAGCAAA